ACAUGGAUGACCUCUCUGUAGUUUUUCUAUAUAUUUUAGCACCUAAGUAGCAUCCUCUGAAUCAUGCUUAGUUGCUUUCCUUCUAGUUUUCUGUUAACAAUGGAUUGUUUUUAUUUUAUUCAACAACUACGCUAUAUAUUGUGUGGUCUUAUUUGCCUUUCCCUAGUUUCUGCACAACAGAUUCAAGGAUUACAGAGUCUGAGAUUAGGGCAUUCCCUCUCACCAGAAAGAAAUCAAACUGUCCUACAGUCUCCGGAUGGCACAUUUUCCGCUGGAUUUUAUGCGGUGGGCGCCAACGCCUAUGGUUUCGCCAUAUGGUAUUCCCACACUCCCUUCCCGCAAACUGUUGUUUGGAUGGCCAACAGGGAACACCCAGUUAACGGCAAGGCUUCCCGUCUCUGUCUUCAGAAAGACGGAGAUUUCGUACUUUCGGAUGCAGAUGGAAGCGUUGUUUGGACAACGAGCACCAAAGGCCUUGGUGUCAAAGAAGCGGAGCUGUUGCCUGUGGGAAAUCUGGUUCUACGCGCGGGCUCUUCUGGAAAAAUAAUUUGGCAAAGCUUCGACUGGCCUACUGAUACCCUCCUUCCACACCAAGUCUUCACAAAGGACGGACAGCUCGUUUCCAGAAUGGGAUCGAGAAGCUUCAGGCUUGGCUACUACCGUUUAUAUUUCAACGAUGACAACUGUCUCGGGCUCAUUUACGAAGGGUUGAAUGUCUCCAGCAAGUAUUGGCCUGAUCCAGAACAGUAUCCCAUUGAUAUCGGCAGAAACAUUUAUAAUAUUUCUCGUGUAGCAGCUCUAGACGAGUUUGGCGGUUUCAGCUCUAGCGAUGAGUUUAGUUUUACUGCGUGGGACUAUGGUGAAGGGCCCCUCAGAAGAUUGACACUGGAUAUUGACGGCAACCUGAGAUUAUACAGCCUCAAUUCACAAAAUAACAGCUGGAAAAUUUCAUGGGUUGCACUUUCACGGCAGUGCAGAGUUCACGGUCUGUGCGGUAUGAAUGCUAUUUGUACAUAUAGACCAGAGCCUGUGUGCGUGUGCCCACCUGGUUUUGAAAGGGUGGAUGUCAAUGACUGGUUCAAAGGCUGCCGGCUGCUCAAUAAUUAUCCUUGCAAUUCAAAUCGUAUCAAGUUCCUUCGGCUUCCAUAUGCCGAUUAUUAUGGCUUUGAUUUUUUCAAAAGAGAUGGUAUCUCUGUAGAGGCCUGCGAAAAGAUGUGCCUGGAUAGAUGUGAUUGUUUAGGGUUUGGCUAUAGGGUUAGCGGCACUGGCGUUUGCUAUCCAAAGUUCUAUCUUAUUAGUGGAUUUCAAAAUCCAGAGGCCCCAAAUCACAUGUAUAUUAAGAUAGCCAUCAAUGAUUCUUCAGUCACCAAUGUUUCAUCUCUUCUGCCAUCUGCCUUGGGCUCAUCAUCAUGCUCGCUGCAUGCGGAAUCCCAAGUACUGGAACCAAAUAUUUCAUCCACAGUUAGAAAGAAAGGGCAAACAAGUCAGCUGGUCAUUUCAGCGGUCUCUUUUGUUUCUGCUCUUGGGUUAACAGAAAUUGUCUGCAUAGCUCUGGGAUGGUGGUUUUUCAUUAAAGUAUUUCACGAGGCCGCUGCCUAUAAUCAACAGGGUUACUUUGUCAUUCCUGGAGGGCUUAAAAGGUUCAGGUUCUCAGAACUUAAAAGGGCGACCGAGAAUUUCAGGGAGAGUGUGGGAAAGGGUCGAUUUGGAAGUGUAUAUAAGGGCUUCCUCCUCCCCGAAAAUAAAGUGGUGGCAGUAAAGCGAUUGGAAGGAGUGUCUCAAGGAGAAGAUGAGUUCCGGGCAGAAUUAAAUAUGAUUAGCCGCGUCAAUCACAUGAAUUUGGUUAGGAUGUUUGGAUACUGUGCUGAGGGAAAGCACAGGCUCUUAGUUUAUGAGUAUAUUGAGAAUGGUUCAUUGGAAAAGUAUUUGUUUACCCAGGACAGCUCAAGGGUCUUAGAUUGGAAUACAAGAUUUCAAAUUGCAGUGGGCACGGCAAGAGGGUUGGCUUAUCUGCACGAGGAAUGCUUAGAAUGGAUUCUUCACUGCGACAUCAAACCAGAGAAUAUUCUUCUGGACGAGGAGUUUCGUGCGAAAGUUUCAGACUUUGGAAUGGCAAAGCUGGUUGACAGUGGGCAUGGAAAUGACAGGAACUGUAAUGGUUUGCCCUUCUCUACAAUACGAGGGACGAGAGGUUACCUGGCACCAGAGUGGACGAUGAACCUGCCCAUCUCAUCCAAGGCAGACGUUUACAGUUUCGGCAUUCUUCUCUUAGAGUUAGUCAGCGGGCGGAAGGCUGCAGAUUUUAAUAUGUCUGGAACUAAUUUUGUAGAAUGGGCUUUUGACAGUGUUAGAGAAAGAAGAUGGACAGAGAACAUGGUGGACCCCAAAUUAGGACCGAGGGAGGUGGAGUGGAAAUCAAUGGUGGAAAUAGAGAGGGUGUUGAAAACAGCGUUGCUCUGCAUCGACGAGGACAAAGAUGAGAGGCCUUCCAUGAGCCAGGUGGUUGAGAUGUUAAAUCCGGCAGAAGGAGGCGAUGGAAAAGAGAUUGAAUUAUCUCAAAUAUUCAGGCAAACAAGAGAAAUGUCCGAUUUUACUGAAUCUUCUUCCACGUGUACCUGGGCUUAUGAAUCGACUCAAGCUUUUCCUCUGAUGAAAUCAGGUAGUUUAUAGAUUAUGUGUAACUGAAUUUUCUUCACCUUUGUAAACACUUCAUCGUUUAUCUUAGUUUAUCUUAUUUAGAGAAAAACACGCCAAAUGAAGCGAUAAAACGUCUUCUUAGAUAUAAAUAAUAUUUAACAAGUUGUACUCCCACACUUCAUUUGGAGCAUUAGCUAUUCUAGAUUGUUCUAAAGAUCUAUGUGAAACCUAUAAAUGUCAUAGCCACUUUAUCAUUGUACGGACAAGCAGAUCGUAAAUCUAUUCUAUUUGGGUGAAAUAUAUUUGCAGUUUUAUA